AUGGUUGUUAGCAAUGUCGAUUUCAGAAGCAUGAGUUUCAUGGAGUUCAUCUCGUAUGUGAAGAAGUUGGUCAAGGAUGGAAGAAUCAAUGUGUACUAUUGUCUUCCACAACGUUCACUGAGAGAUGGGUUAAGAGCCUUGGAAGAUGAAAAUGAUUAUGUUCGUUUCCUUGAUGCUGGAUAUGAGAAUGGGGGUAUGAUCAAUUUGUACAUUGAUCACAGUCAGGAGACAGUUAUGGAGUGGAUUGAAGAAGAGAUAGUUGAAGAUGGAUCGAUAGAUGGUAAUACGGAUGAUGAUGAUGAUGUAGACUCUGAGCUUUCAGAUAAUGAGUUUGUGGAGCAUGAACUUGAUGAUGAAGUGAUACAAAUACAACCAUCUGAUGAUCGUUUCAUUAGAAGAAAAUUUUUCAGGCCUCCAAGAGUUGUAGAUGAUAAGAAAGAUGUCAAGAAAGAUCUUCAUAAUUUCCAACAAUCUCAAACAAUUGUUCAACCAGGGUCAUUGGAUAGUAAGGCUGGAAUUUAUGCAUUAUCUUAUGAUAUGACCGGAUCAAGGUUGGUUACAUGUGAAGCAGACAAAACAAUUAAAAUGUGGAAAGAAGACGAAAAUGCCACUCCAGAAACUCACCCGGUCAACUUCAAACCCCCGAAAGAUAUCCGUACUUCUGCUUGUAAGGGGAAGAGCUCAGGAUGA